AAACGAAUAAACAUAAAGAGAGAAUGACAAUUACGCCAUAUUGUGCAUCACUUCUGCAUCACUUCCAUGGUUUCUGUCCUUGGAUUUCGAGAUAUAUUCCUGUUUCAUUUUGAAUCCAGAAGGAAAUCCUGAUGUGCUGGACGGAUUACAGAGAUGUAUGAUAAAUUGCCGCGUGCGAUGACAAUAUUUGUGAAAUCCGACGUUGGUACCAUUCAUAUUUAAGUGUUACUAAAUUUAAUUACUAAUAUGUGCAACUGACAUUGUAACAUUUGUAACUCGCGUCGGAGAAAGUACGCAGAUGCUACAUGUAGCAAAGUGAGCCCGGUGGCGAGACAGGUAAGAGAAGAAAAAGGUGAAUGGAAUAGAGAGGAAGACUCCCAAGGAAGUCCAACUCGGUCCAAGCUGGUCCAAACUCAAGUCCAUCACCAAACAAAACAUGGACGCCGUAGAAAUAAAUACGUCGGAGCCGCCGCAAACGGAGGACGUGGUCGCGUCCACAGUCAAGAUAUGCCGCGUGUGUUUGCUUGACAACCUGAUGAUGCGUGACCUCUUCCUUGAGAAUGAAACCGCGUCUUUGUCAACGAAGGCGAUGAGCUUCAUUAACGUUAAGAUGUUACCCGGUGAUGGUUUACCAGCACAAGUAUGCUGUAUGUGUGCUGACAAACUGGAGUCAGCAUAUGAGUUUAAAUUACAAGUUGAGCAAGCCGACAAUGUCCUCAGAGAGAGAUAUGUCGGAGGAAUUAUAAAGGAAGAAUUGUUUUUCAACGAAGUCGAGGUACACUUGGAUGCUGAAAGGAACGAUGACAUGGAUGAGAUGAAUAUUAGUGAUCAUUAUAAUCUUAGUGAACCUGGUGGCGUAGUUUUAUCAGAAUCAGAUGCAGAGAAGAAUUUUCUAAAGGAUCAGCUAAUAAUUUUGGAACAGGAUAAAUUAUCACCGAAACCAGAGGAAAUGCAACAGAGUGAGAAUUCUGAUGAAGAUAAUCCACAGGAGAUCACACGAGAAGUCAAUGAAAGUAUCGUAGAAGAGUUGCAACAAGAAUUAGCUAACAGAGAGAACAACGGCAUGCCAAGUGCCAUGGAAGAGUCUAGGAAUCAAAAAUCUUUUAUGGACGAAAAUAUCAUUCCAAGUUGCGUGGAUGCAAUCCCAACGGAGGAACAUGAUUACAUCAUGCAGCAACAAUGUAUAGUGUCUAUGGAACAGCUUCGUUCACAAGAAGAAAUGCAAAAGACGGUAUCACAAGUUGAAGAAACCAGAGAGGGAUGUCAAGACAUGUCCGAGGAAAAUGAAGAAAAUCAGGAAAGCCAAGCUGGGCAGGAUCAAGAGACUGGAAUUGAGCAAAAUCAAAAUGAGAAGUAUUUCAAGGAGGAAGUGCCAAAGGUUGAUACAAAUGAACCAGCAGUGGAACAAGAUUCUCAGAACGAAACACGAAGGAGUAAACGCAGAUCAGCUCGUCGCACGUUUACCGAAAGGGACUCCGACGAGGAGAACUAUUUCGAGAAUCUGAAUCUGAGUUCCCGAUUGAAGAAAGCACAGGCGGACAAGGCAGAGAAAAUCUUCUUUUUCAUUUGUUACUUGUGCGACAAGCAGUUCUUGUCGAAGAACGUCUUAAAAGAGCAUCUGCAUUCCCAUGAGGAGGUGAGGAGAACGCUGUCUCUGAAAAAAACGCCGGAAAAACCGCAGAAGGUCACACAACAGACUAGCGUCUCCUCCGCGAAGACGCCGCCAUCCGGAAAGAAAGCCAACAAGUGUCCUUAUUGCGGUAAAGAGUAUCUGUACAUAAUUUCAUUUAUUAAGCACAUUAAGCAACACGAACGAGAGGAGGAGACGAAGGAGGAGCCGCUAUCGUACGAGGCGUUGUUUCAGGAACACGAGGACAGUUUAGACUUUGACGAUGGCAAUAACUCGGACGGACCGGGCAGGAAGCGAACCAGGAGAGAAAGUACAGGCGACGUGAACGACGAUGCCGCGAACGAGGAGGAAAAUCAAGAUAAAAGAAGAAAAAAUCAUCAUCACGUUGAGGAAUUCCCGUGCGACAAAUGUUCGAAGCAAUUCAAUACAAAGCGAGGCUUGCAAAAGCACUCGGUCACGCACGUUGGCCUCAAGUGCAGCGUGUGCAACGAGGAAUACGAUACCCUGGAACAACUGAAAAAUCACCGAACGAAACACGUGGUCGAAGGAGUACUCUCCGAACAGGAUUUAGAGGAGGACAUGAAGCAGAUGAUAGAAAAAGUUGCGGAGAAUGAGGAGGACCAAGGCAACAAGGAGGACGAGAACGUGGCGGCGAGUGAGUCCGCUGAGAACGCGAAAGAACUGAAGUGCCCGAAAUGUCCGAUGACGUUUUUCCGCAAAAUAAAUCUGUCCAGACACGUGGAGAAGGCGCAUUCUGGGGCGAGCUACACUUGCAAGAUAUGUCGCCAACAGUUCACGCGAAAGGAUCUUCUGCGUAGGCAUGCGGAGCAGCACGCACGAGUGAAGGUCUAUAAGUGUACGCAGUGUAAUAAAACGUUCAGCAACGAGCUUACUCUGAGGAAUCACUUGAUCGCCACGAGUCACAAGACGUUCAUACAGGGACAAGAGUACGAUCCGAACAAGCGUAUCAAACGCGUGGCCGCGAGGGCGGCACAGAAGAUCAUUGACAAGAUCAAGACAGAAGAUGGUUUAGAGGAUUACGAUGACGACGAUAACGACAAUGUGGAUUAUGACGCCAAGUUGGACGGGCAUUACCGUCGUAAGCGCGAUGCUACACCAAAGAAGUAUAAUUAUAAGAAGGAACUGGAGUGCGCGACAUGUAACAAGAGGUACAGCUCAAAACAGGCUUUGACGAAGCACAUGGAGCAACACGUGAAGGAUGAGAAGGCGGAGAAAGCGGCAGCGGCGGCAGCAGCGGCCGAGAAGCUGAAGAAGGCUACCAUGGAGAAAAAAGAGAAUCAGAAGACGAGUAACUCGGGCGAUAACGAGGACGAUGAUAACGAUUCGGACUUUGAGAGCGGACUGGACUGGCCAAUGGAUAGCCAUGAGUGCACCACGUGUAAAAAGCGUUACAGCACAAAGAAAUCGCUUUUGCGGCACCAGUUGCUACACGAAGAACCGAAUUUUGAAUGCGACAUCUGCAACGUCAAAUUUUAUCGCAAGGACAAGCUAAAGGCGCAUUACGACAAGUGCUCCGAAAAGAACCCGGAUCAGGUAAGGAAGUGCAAUAUAUGUGGUGACAGUUUCGAGAACAACGAGUUGUUACGAGAACACAGAGCCAAACACGUUACGGAGGGUAUCUUAACGGAGGAGGAUCUGAGGGAUAUCGAGCCAAAGCCCGAGGAGAAGAAACCAGGUGAGAAGAUUGGCCGGAAGAGAAGGACCGACAUUGUCGGACUCGAGUGUACCGAGUGCAACAAGCAAUACACCUCCCGAAAGGGCCUUUUGCGGCACAUUCAGGUGCACGAGGGCAAGAAAUACUUGUGUGACAUAUGCCCGAAAAAGUUUUACCGGCGAGAACACCUGAAGAUUCACGUGGCGAAACACAACAUGAUCAAGCCGUACAAAUGCACCCGAUGUACCAAGCGUUUCAUCAAAGAGGAGCAACUCAACAACCACCUGUCUAAGCACGACCGCACGUUCAAGAAGAACAAAGAGACUGACAGCUCAAAGAGAUUCCUCUGCGAGAUCUGCAGCAAGAGCUUCACGCAGUCGACGACGCUGAUCGCGCAUUUGCGUGCGCAUAACGGCAUCAAGCCGUACGUGUGCGAAGUGUGCUCGCGACCAUUCACCACCAACGCCUACUUGAAGAUGCACAUGCGUACGCACACGCAGGAACGUCCUUACAUAUGCCAGUAUUGCUCGCGAGCGUUCGCACGAGCAGAUACCUUGGCGAAUCAUGUCACUUCGCAUACUGGCGAGGCCAAGUACCACUGCAAAUGCUGCACGAAGAACUUCCGGCGUUUGAAGUCCUUGAAGGAGCACAUGUUCAUUCACACGGGACAGCGACCAUACGAGUGUCCGACCUGUGAUCGCAAAUUCAACAACAACGGCAGUCGUUACGCGCACAGUAAGCGCUGCAAGCAGAAUCUUUUGCAGAACCAGAACCGCGCGCAACAGAUGAUGCAGCAAACAACGCAGCAACCGCAACAACAACAACAACAACAGCAGCAACAACUACAGCCGCAGCAGGUGCAGGUACAGGUCCAACAAAUACAGCAGACACAGCCUCAUACGGUGAGGAUGCAUCAGACGACGCUCACCCAGGCACAAGUGGUCAAGGCGCAGAACAUUAAGACAAUCGCCAUAAGACAGGCCGAACCGACCGCAGUGGCGACAACGCAACAAGUGAUGCAGCAUCAAGAGAUACUAAUGCCGCUGAUCCUACCGCUCACUGUCACUCUCACCGACGUCGGUGAGGAGGUGAUACUACCAGAGGGUACAAAAAUAUUCACCACCUCCUAAUCGAGCCGCCGUCUUCUCUAUCCGAUUGGAGUAAAAAAAGAGACAUACUCGCGAAGACGGAAGCAGAUUUCCCACAAUGCGAGGCGCAUCUUGACGUGAAUUGCAAGUUUUCUUCUCCCGCGGUUCAUGACUCUCUGCUGAUGAAGUUUUCAUUUUCCGAUCUUCUUCGCACACGAGAAAAAUCGAGAGUAAUGUCUCAUUACGAGAUAUCUGACAAUGAGAGGUCGCGUUUGCGGGUAAUCGAAAGAACUUUUAUGCACUGGAUGAGAAAAGGAGCUAAUAUAUAUAUAUAUAUAUAUAUAUAUAUAUAUAUAUAUACAUAUAUAUAGAUGUGCUAUUAAAUGUAUUGAAUAUAUAUUAAAUAUAUUUAAUAGUACACGAUAUUAAAUAUAUAAUGCGAUAACUGUGGUUUUCACAGAAUCAUUUCGAUUAUGUAUGAAAUGUUAUAUCGAAGUUUAUUUUUGCAACGGUGAAGGCGCAAAACAGGCAUAUAUGUGUGUAUAUACAUAUACACACGUGUGUGUAUAUAUAUAUUAUAAAAUUUAUCUAGAAGUCCUGAACAGGUGUACCUUUCCAUAGUAAUGCGCAUUAUCACAGGUGACUAGAAUAAAGAUCUUUGAUAAAUAUUUGUAAAAGAGAAGAAUCAGACGUCUUAAGUGUAAUAUACAUAAAUUUCUUUUAAGAGACAUGAUAAGAUAAGAGAGUAUAGCUUAAAUAAUUAAAGCGUAAUGUAUCAAAUAAUACUAGAUUUACUUUCAUUUAGUUUCUUUUUGCCUUUUUUUUCUUUCAUGUAAGGUCUGUCUGGUAUGCUGCUUCAAUAAAAAAUAAUUGCAAGAUUAAAGUGAUAUUACACUAUAUUAGGAAGUACGGUGUUUUUUAAAAUGGAUAAAAAUAUCACAUAAUCUGGCGUCAUAUUAAAGAUUCCUUUUCUAGAUCUUUAUUCUUUAAAAACACAUUGACUAUUUUUUCUGUUUUUACUGAUGUUAUUUCAUCAGGAUGUCAUGCAUGUAAUAACGAUUCUUGAAGAGUAUAUCUCAAAGAUAAUUUAUUGAAAUUUUGGUUCUGACAUUUUUUAUAUUUAAAGCGUCUUUCGAGUCUUUAUAUAAAACUGUAUCUUGUUUCAUUGCAUUGAAGUUGGUAAUCCCUCUCCAUUAAAAUAUAUUACGUAAAAAUACGAAAAUCUUGGUAUUGCAAAUUUGGAAGUAAAUCUUGUGCUAUGUGCUCUUACGUAAUAAUGAUAAUCAUGUCUGCGUAAUAUCUGUAAAACUAAUGCGGGACUAGAUAUAAAGUGAUGUGUAUAAAUACUUAACAAUAAUAAUAUAAACGUUGUUAUACGAUCUGCAUGAUUUCGUAUUUAGAUUUUGUUGCAUAAAUAAAUAAAGUAUUUGUUCUCAUCUUAUAUUAUUGUGGUUUAUGCUAUUGAAGUUACUAAACUUGUUAUAUUGACUUUUGUUGUAUAUACAUUCAGUUUGUACUGAAAAAAGCUAUUUGUAAUUUUACAGUGCAUUAUAUAAUCCAAAGAACGAUACAAUAAAUUAUAAAAUCUCGUAAGUAUGGUAUUUCUACAUUGAAUAUGUCUUAAAUGACGAGUCGAGAUGAUUGUAUAGAAAUAUGAGAGAUACAAAUUUAUAUACAAUUCAUGUGUGGUUUUUUUUUGUGGAUCAGGUGAAGAAUGAUGAAGAUUGAAGUGAGCAUUUGCGACUUGUACAAUAUGUUAAUGGCAAUAAUCAAGUAAUCUUACAAUAUAGAGCUAUCUUAUCGAUGAGGAUGUUUUUACUUACAGCGUACGUAUAUAUGUACGGAGCUACUUGUUAUAAUUUACCAUAGACAUACAGUUUUUAUUUCAAGAUAUAAAAAGAUUAUAUAUCUUCCACGGAAAUACUAUUUGCGACGUUCAAUUAUUGUUUUACAAAAUCUUGACAAGAAGUGUACACAUAUACACGAAUUGUAUGCGACGAUAUGUUCCUUGUAAAUGGAAAAUUACUUGUAACAAUCAGGUAUUGCAAUUUUCUCGAUGUCCCUGUACAUAGUUACGAAUAAAUAAAUAAAAAA